AUGAAGUUUGAUUACUCACAAAAAGAAUUAGAAAUAAUAAAACUGAAGGAUGAAAAAAUAAAAAUUAUUAUUGAGGAAAUUGGCUAUAUUGAAAGGGAAUGUAUAGAUGACCUUUUUCAAGGAUUGUUUUUUAUCAUUAUAGGCCAACAACUUUCUCAAAAAGCUCAGGUCAGUAUUUGGGAAAGAGCCAAGAGAAUGCUCAAAAGCAUCGAUCCUGUAACUAUUUCCACAUAUUCAGUAGAAGAAAUUAAAAAAGUUGGUUUAAGCCUAAAAAAAGCAACAUUUAUUAAAGGAAUUGCCGAUAAAAUAGUUAAUAGAGAGAUCAAUUUAAAUCUGCUUUAUGAAAAAGAUGACCAAGAAGUUUGUGAAGAACUAACUAAAUUAGAUGGGAUCGGAGUUUGGAGUGCAGAAAUGGUUAUGAUAUUUUGUAUGAAUAGGAAAAACGUUUUUAGUUUUUCGGAUACUGCAAUUAAAAAAGCGCUGAAAAUUAUAUAUGGACACAAAGAGAUUACAAAGGAUAUUUUUGAGAAUUACAGACGAUUAUUUUCUCCUUAUUGUUCAAUAGUUAGUCUUUAUUUAUGGGAAAUCUCUAACCGAAAUUAUAAAAACAAACUUUCUAAAAAGAACAUAAAUCUAUAA